CUUGAGCUAUGGUGCAUCACAUCCAGAAACUGAUCUUCUCCAUCGACAGGCUUACGCAGCCUCUCACCAGUUGCCUGGCUAUGCCACAACACAUCAUCCCACAGGGCUAUCUGGGUUGUUUGAUGCAACAAUGCAACACACUGGCAGUGGUACACCUGAGACCUCCGUUAUGAACUUCCUUUCAGCUAUUGAAUCUCGUACUCCUCAGGCUGGACCCACAGCUGCCACCCUUCUCCCCCAGUUCAGAGCUCCUUCAUGGCAGACAGGUAUGCACUCUUCAACACCGGCCGAGCUGUUUGUCACUGGAGCGCUGCAAGCUUCCGGAACAUUCCCACCAUCGGCUCUCUCGGCUUAUCAGCAUCCUUCUUCCUUUAGCAGUCGUGGUUUUACUGGUACGCCAUCUUUGACACUUCAAGAUGCAGCUUUCAGUCCGACAACAAAUGGACUUCUUUCACCACAUGAUCCUUUGCUUCAGAUCAAAUCUUCUCAAGCAGCCGUUCCUUCCCCGUUGACUUUCGACAGGAUUGGUAGUACUGUUUUAAGUACAAGCAUACCACAGUCUUCAACAUAUCGUUCUGCUCAAGAAUCAGCUCCCCAUCACCUCCAACCUCAAUUUAGUUUGUUGCCUUCAGCACUUGGGUCAGCUCAGCAAGCCUCUCAACCGUAUGGCACAUCAGUCUUUUCUAGUUCAACUGCUUCCAUUGAAAGGGCACUUCAAAGAGAAUGUAGUGUUAUUAAGCAUCACCAGCGGCCUUCCAGCUCACACUCAGUGCAGGCUCAAUUACCAAGUUCUCACCACGCUUUGCAAGGUUUUCUUACCAGUGGGAAUGGAGUUAGUUUUCAGGAAACAUCCAGACAUGCCGGUUUGGCCUGUAGCCCACUUGGAGAUCAGUCUCAGGUGAGCAACGGAGGACCACAGCAGAAAAACUCUGCGGUAACAAUUGAGCAAUCGCAGAGCUAUUCAUCCACGAUUCCAUCACCUGAUUAUUCAUCAAAAGCAAAGAACUGUUCCUCCUCAAGACCAGCUCAACGGUCCUCAAAAACUGCCAAAUCCCAAAGUGAAACAUCUACUGUGCAAACACAGAGUUACUCCACACCUACACAAAAGCAAAGUUCUGUAAUAUCAAGCCAGUCGCCAGUAUAUUCUUCAGGACAAACCUCAAAUCUAAUUAUUUCAAUUAGCCAGUCCCACAAUUACGUUUCAACAGAGUCUCAAAAUAUAUCAGCGGUCAGUCACUCAGAGGUAUUUUCUUCUAGUCACCCUGAGAAACUGACGUUGAGCAAAUCACCAACGUCUUAUUCUGGUCAGUCACAAAACCUAACCUCGGUGAGUCAAACACUCAGUUAUUCAUCUGAUCAGUCACAGGUGUUGCCUUCAGUUAGUCACGCUGAUUACUCUGGUCAACCACAGAAUCUGUCUUCUAUUAGCCAGGCACAAAGCUAUUCUUCUGGCCAUUCUCAGGGUUUGCCUGCUGUGAGCCAGUCACAAAACAAUUAUUCUGCACAGUCGCAAGGUUUGACUACUGUUAGUCUUUCACAAAGUUAUGCUUCUGGACAAGCCCUCACAUUGACAUCACAUACCCAGUCAUUGCCAUAUUCAUCAACUCGUGCCCAGAAUUUGUCUGUGUCAAGCCCUACACAGAAUUUUAUCUCUAUGCAUUCUUCGCCAACUAGUCAGUCACAAAGUGUUCCUUCACCUCAGUCUCAGACGUUCUUGUCAGGAGUGCAAUCACCUACUUUCACUGCAUCUCAUUCACAGAGCAUGCAGAGUACUCAACCACCCACAGACCUAAAACAGUCUUACAUUAAAAGGAAAUCUGAUUCAGAUUUAUUUGUUUCAUCAAAAGAAGAUGAUUUUCCUAUUCAAGAUCUGCUACACCAGCAAUCUUCUCUUGAAGCAUCUACGCCAGGUUUACCAGAAAGUGGAAUUGGAGAAGAAAACACAGUUUAUGGUGUUUCAAAAGCAGAUGAGCGAUAUCUUUCUCAGAGUGUCAUCAGGAGUAAUUCUCGGCUGGAAGACCAUGUUGCCCUCCCUCUUCAGGGAUCAAAAACUGAUGAUGAAAGAAAACAUGAUCAUGUAAAACAGUUUGAUGUGGCCAGGACUAUAGAAGCAAUGGUCAGUUCUGUGAAUCAACAUAAUCAGCAGGUUGGGAAUGCCAAUCAUAUGAACACGCACGACCUAAAAAAGAUAGCUAACCCAGGACAGUCAUCACAUAUAAUUAUGGGUGCUGAAGACUUAAAGCAGCCUGUUUCUCUGUUACAAAAGGCACAAGAGUCGAGACCCCAGGCUCAUCAAUCCCAAGUCAGUAAUGCGCCACAACAACUGCAGCCUCACACAGCGUGCCAGCCUCAACAGUUACAGCUGCCUAGUGCACAGGUACUCCUGGAAACCUCUCGUGAAAUGCCCUUGUCUUUAAUACAACAGUCAGUAGCACAGCAGCCCCAGUUACUACAGUCGGGGCUGGGUCAGUCACAGGCAUCAACACAGUCUCAGCAAAUGCCAAAUCAGUCUCAGGCCUCGCAUCGCCAGUCACAGUUUCUUCAACUUGAGAGGCACAUUGCCCAAGCCAACGCAGCACAAACUCAACAGAUGCUACAACAGAAUUCUGAGACCAUAAAGCUGGAUGGUGCAGAUCCUUCAAAACCACUACAGCAACAAUUGACCCCAAAAGAUCAUUUUGAUCAAUCGAACCAACAGGAUUCGAAGUCUCAGUUUGUCAGCCUGAGUUCUGUUUGUUUCCCAGAAUCUAUGUUGCUCGGUGAUGAGAGAAACCUCUUUUCUGGUGUCGAAGAUGUAUUUUCUGCCACUGAGGAAUGUGAGGUGACUCCACAAGAGUUUGCCAAAUCUGCUUGCAACGAAUCAAACAUUCAAUCUGCUGAUGGUUCAAAGUCCACGUUUCAGACUAUGAACGUAAGGCAUGUUUCAGCCAGUUUUCACACCUCGCAGCCUGUGAUAACAGAACAGCAGAAUCUCCAUAAUCUGACAUUGAGCAACAAUCAGAUGAAUUUGAAUCUAGAAGCAGUAUCACUGGAGAGUUCAGCUCAGUCUAAAACGUCAAGCCUUGAUCAGCAACGUCUCGGAGCAUCAGACCAGCACAUACAGCCAGGUCUGACCUCUCCAGUUUUGAGCUCCACCCAAAACAUCAAUGAUCAGGUUGCCGGAGGUCUUAAACGGCAGGAUGUUAAUCCAGAAUCUGAAGAAGAAAAUGAUGACAUUCCUGAUGAUGGUGCCAUAAACAAUGCGAAGGAUCCAGAUUUUAUUCCCAGUGGUAAAAGUAACACUGACGAGAGUGCUGUAUCAGACAUUGAUUAUAACCUGGGUGACGAGAUGACAGCGGGGUCUGGUAACAAAAGGAAAUUGAAACGACCGAUAAAGCCUAAGUCAAAACUGGGCGCACUCCCAGAAGGCUGGCCUCACAGUCUGCCUGAGGAAGACGGGAGCCUGGACUUGUUGCAGGACGGCAAUCAAAAGAAGCGAAAAGGAAAAGUACGACCUAAAGACGGUUUAGAGGAUGACGGCAGUGGUCAGAAACCAGUCAAACGGAGUGGACCAGGUAAACGUCUGAAUUCCAAAGAUUCGAACUCGUCUCACGACAGUUACUACGAUAGUUACCAUCAGCAGGAGAGGAUUAAACAGAAGAUCAGGGAAGUUGAAGAAAAGCAACCCGAGGUUAAAAGUGGUUUCAUCGCGUCCUUUCUAGACUUCCUGAAAUCGGGACCUAAGCAGCAAUUUCCUGCGCCUUCUGUACGUAUGGCACAUCGCAGUCGGAGACCAUCUACCAAUGCAAUGUUCCCACCCCACCCUCCACCCAGUGUACCUCAGCAGUCAGCAUCGCCUGCCUUAAUACCUGCUGAAAGUGGAUCUGCCAGCCCUUGCAAAAGGUUAGAUGAUGAUCUGAAGAAAAACCUGGAAGCAUUACCUUCAUUUUCCUCUGAUGAGGAAGAUUCUGUCGGAAGGAACCAUGAUCUUCAGAAGAGCAUUUCCUCGGCUCUUUCAGUUUUGGAUGAUCCUUCUGAUAAAAAGGAAAAACGGAUUAAAACAGAGUCAACUGCUGAGGGUGCCACGUCUUCCGUUUCUGUUAUCCAGCAGGGACUAGCUGGGACAAAUCCUCCUCCGGCUUUAAAAGAGGAAAUUCAGGAACGCGUCGAUACUGCAGAAUCCCUCGAGCAAAAGGAACAGGAUGAUCUGAAUCCGGCAGAACGAGCCACUAAGCAAGAAUCGGUUGCUAUCGAAGGUUCGACAGAUGAAGAGGAUAUUGAAAGUGGAGGGGAAGGCAUGUACAGAGAGCGAGAUGAAUUUGUUGUGAAGAUAGAAGACAUUACGGCUCUUCAGAUGGCCUUAAAGACCGGAAGAGAACCUCCUGCUAUAUGGAAAGUACAAAAAGCUUUGUUACAAAAAUUUAUGCCUGAAGUCAAAGAUGGACGGAGACAAUUUUCUGCUACCAACAGUUACCUUGGAUAUUUUGGAGAUGCAAAAAACAAGUACAAGCGGGUUUAUGUAAAGUAUAUAGAAAAUGUAAACAAGAAGGAUUAUGUUCGAGUGUGUUCCAAAAAGCCAAGAAACAGACCUUUGCAGACUUUGAGACACAGCCACUCGAGGUCCAGCUCCAGUCACAAAGCCUCUGUUGGUAACUCGGCAUCGCAUAAAGGUUCCUCAGCGAGAUCCAAAGCUAAACAGGCUAAACCGGUUAAGCAAGCAAAAACAAAGGCUGAGCCACCACCCAAAAAAAGGAAAAAAUGGCUCAAGGAGGAGCCUUCAUCGCCCUCAGACUCUUCUCCUGAAACUCAAAGUGAGGAAGAUGAUACUGCGUUCGUUUCAAAAAGAAAUACACAUGGAAGGACACUUAGAAAUGCUCAGCAGAAAUCAGAACGCUCCCCAGCAACACCGUAUGUUGCCCGUUUCCUGAACACCAGAACGAUGAAAGAGACGUUCAAGAACUAUGUGGAGCUGCUCGUCAGUACUGCUCUGGAUCCAGACAUGAUCGAAGCAUCAGAAAAGAGUAAUGAUGAGCUGUAUUUGCCACACAUGAGGAAGAUUGAUGGUAUGCUGAACGAGACCAAGAAGAGACUGAUCACCAAAUUCCCACUAGAAUCAGCGCUCAAGACUGCGCUGGAAAAUCUUCCUGACUUGACAACAGGUGGCACAACUGCAAAGAGCAGUAAUCCGACAUUGUCCAAAGUUAAAAUGAGCGGUAAAAGUUACAACAAGAAAACUCUACAGCCAGUAAAACAGGGUGCUAAGGGCCCAAAGGAGUUUACUGUGGACCCGGAGAAAUUACAGUGCUGUACUUUAUAUCACUCUCUUCAUCACUAUAAAUAUCAUAUCUACCUUAUAUGCAAGAAAGAGACGGUUUCCAUUCUAAAACAGAAUAAAGAUCUCGGCCAAGUUGACACAAUCCAGCAAUGUAUGGAAAAUCAGACGUGGGUGGAGAACCUCUUCGAAAACUUUGGCGACCUUCUGACACAAGCACAGCAGAAGUGUUUAUAAUGUACAUACAAGGUUUUUAAACAGUCACAUGGCACUAAUCUGAUAUCACAGGGACAUACUGAAAGACUAAGCCUAUACUAAGGGCACACAUGGGCCCUGACAGACCUUAUAACUUGGCUCUACCUAAGGAGUGUGGUGGCCAAUAAACAGAUUUUGGCGUUGGGAGUAUAUUAAUUAUGUCUGUAACCACAUUUUUACUAUGGCCAAUGUUUUUGAUUGAUUUGUAUUCUGUAAACUUGAGGUAUCGAGUAACUUUUAUUUCCCCAAAUAAAAGGAAAAUUACUAAAAAAAAAACAAAAAAACUUUUGUGACCGAUCAAAAUGGCAAGGCAUGCAAUAAGUAUAUUAUGAUUUUCUUUAUUAAUGUAGUUUAAAACACUUAGGAAUGUUUUGUUCAAUGAGAAAUGCUUUAUAAUUUGUUUACCUGCCUCUUGCUGGCCUGCAAGUUGAGGAAGUGGGGGUAACAAUAUCUUUCUGAUGUCUGCCUACCAAAUUUCCAUACAUAUUGUAAAGAAAGUUGGUGUCAUGGCGUUCUUUACAGUAAAUUUGUCAUCACAAGAUAUAUAAUUUUCUUUGCUUUACAGACUCCUUCUACUUAAUAAAAAAAAGUUCAGGAAACUGGACGUGGAGUUGGUGCAAUCCUAUGGCUAUUUGUGUCAAUUCUGCUAAUGAAAAUGUGAUGAACACAUCUAUUUUCCCUCUUUAAAGAAAAAUUAUUUUGCCUUUAUACCCAUAUUUCUUUAAAAAUCUAAAUUGUACAUUUUAUCUCAUCAAUAGUUGUAUUUUUCACAGAGAAAAUAUUGUGGUUUGAAAUAUAUUCAUGUAUCUCUAAUACACUCUGCAUUGUUUUCAGUAAAUCCUUUCCAUUUAUAUGUUGAUCACACAUUGUAUACUAUAUAUACUGAGGUAAACUCCUAUCUCUGUUUUCUUGUUAAUUCAAGUUUGCUUCAGUGUUUACCAGAUAUGCAUAUUGGACUAGUUUUGCCUUUUAAGUGUAGCUGUGUUACACAUUGCAAUUAUUUUCUGAUACAUGAAAAUAAAUUUCCUACUAAACAAAGACCUAAUGCCAAAAAAAACUUUUUAUAUUAUACCAAGAUAAUUUUUUAACAAGUCAGCAAUAUGUACAGUACAUUUGUAAAAGUAGUUUAAUUUUCCUUCAUUCCUUGUUUUCUACUGUUUUAUAUGGAGAAUGGUUUCCAGAAUGUUGUGUGAACUGCUUGGUUUAUUUUUGGUCUAGACUACAGGUGUUUUACUCUACCAAAGUAAUCUUUUAAACUGAUUACCAUUUUAAACUCCUCUUCCUACACUUUUCAUUGCUUUAUUUAUGUCUUGCAAACUAAAUCAUUGCACUUUCACAUUCUAAACGUUUUCAAAGAAAUGACUCACAUUUUCCUUAAAAUUUUACAUUUUCGGAACAUCUUUUGCUCUGGACGGACAGAUGGGAAUUUAGGAAGACUGGGGAAUGAAAUGCUUCUGCACUUUGGGAGACUGGUGUAGAAUAGCCAGACAUAAAAUAGGCCCAACAAGAAGCCUAGACCUCAACACAAAAGAAUGCCCACAAAGUCUUCAAUGAAUUUUUUUUCCAUUUUCUACACCAGCUAUUACUCUUGAGUGAGAAAGCCAAAUUUUUUGAUGAUUUUGGACUUGGACCCACUUGGAACUAAAUUGAGAUUGCUGAACUCAUUUUGAACGGCAUCCAUAAAGCUUUAGAGAGACGAGACUUUUAUCCCAUCAGUUUGGGCUGGGUUCAAACAUUGAGCCGGUUUCCUGAUUUAGUUUUCAUCUUACUAAUAUAAAACUUUUUCCUUCCCUUCCCUCGUAAAGGUUUGAUCUAAAAUUACUGGACAUUUGAUGCCAACUUUUCACGCAACAUUUGGUGUUGUGGUCCAUUUACUGUAGCACUCACUUUGUUAUAAUAAAACGUUGCUUGGCUGCUGAGUUUCUGAUGUGUAUGGGUGGAGGGAGAGAGAAAGGGUGUAAUUUUGGUCAGUUUCUAUUAUGACUGCAGUGUUGAUUUUCUACCGCUAAAUGUUACUGCCACAUUUUAAAAAUAUGCUGGUUAGAGAUGGUAAAGAGGACAUUUUUUGAAGUUGCGUCAAAACGUUGCCUGAGAGGAAACCUAUGAUCACGAUCUGAGUGAAACUGAAAAUGUCAUAUCGCCAUGUUUCCUUUAUUAUUUUGAUGUUUUGGUGAGUAAAGGUGUAAAGGAAUAUCAAUCAACAUAACUAAUGUGUUGUGUAGUUUAUUUUACACUUGGGGUGCAUUGAUCAUGUGCAUGGCACAGGCUUCUCCAAAUCAAAAAAAACACUGCAUACGUCUAGCAUACGCCUGGAUAUUUCACUGCAAGUCUUGGGAUGGACUUUAUAAAUGGAAUCUUGUU